UUUUGUGAUGCAUAUCAAGAAAAAAUAAUUCCUUAAAAUGUAUGAUACAAUCUCAAAUUUCUUGAUUGGCUCUACUCUCCAUAUAUACCAAUGACCAUAUUACGACCUCUAUAAAGAAAUGUCACGACUGAUCUAAGGCAUGCAUUCACUCUUGAAUCUCUUAAGAAAGAUACUAAAUUGAUCAUCGGAGUAUUCCCUCCCUCCCUUUGUUGUUGCAGCUGCAGUUGCAGGGUCCCUAAGAUUCGCCGUGACUGUCACAUCCUCCUCAGCUGCUGACAUGUAGGUAAUCGUCAAUCUUUUUUCUCUUAUUAUAAUUUAUUCGUUCCUAACGUGUACCACUGGUUACAAGCCACUAUACCUUGAAGUGAUUCGUUGAUAGAAAGAGAACGGGGAACAUGUAACUUGCAAAAAGAGAAAAAGGGCAUAAAGCUAUUUCAAUGAAGUCCAGAGCACGUUGAGGUCCCAUCUCAUAGAAUAAAAAUGUCUUCUUGGUUCUUAUUUAAGUAGUCUGUGCUACCCUCCUCUCCAUCACACUCACAGUAACCAGAGCGCAAACGGCAUGGGAACGACAGAUUUCAGACCAACUGAGGAACGACUAGUCGACUUUUACUUGCGCCAGAAGAUUUUAGGCAAUGAUUACGAAGUCUCUGCAAUUGCAGAGAUUGGUUAUAUCUGCAAUUACGAGCCGGAGGAUUUAACCAAGCUGGCGGCGAUACUAUCAGAGGAUACAUGGUAUUUCUUUUCUCCUCCAGAUCGGAAGUAUAGAAAGAGUGGGAAUAAUAACAGGUUAACAAGGGCUGGUUUCUGGAAAGUUACCGGCAAGAAACGUGAGAUUAAGAACAGAAAGAACCAAGUCAUUGGUUUCAAGAGAAUUUUGGUUUUCUACAGUGGCCGUGGGCGUGACAAAGUCUGGACUAACUGGACCAUACACGAGUAUCAGCUGAAUUCCUCCUGUUCCAAUGAGAGGGAUUAUGUCAUCUCCCGCUUGAAUCGAAAACAACCCAAAAAGGCUGUCAAUACAGCGGUUGAUGAAGUUGAACCAGGUCAUUACUCGACUUCUGAGGUUGAAAAUACUCCUACGGAUAUCACAUUCCCACAGAUGGCCCCACAACCUGCGGUAGAAUUCUUGAACUCUAAUGGGCAGGAUUUCACCUCUCUCAUUGCGCAGCAACCGGACAUGCACAUGAGUCAGGAGCCCUCUUAUGUGAAUCUUCAGCAUACAAAUGGCAUCACUGAUAAUUAUACCAUGCCAUUGCCUCAAUUUGGCACCAUUUAUGGGCAAGACAAUGCCACAGAGGCAGUGAAGUUUUAUCCAUCUAUCCAGGAUGAACAACUCUACUCUAGUAUGCACGCUGCCCCUGAAGAGUCCAGCCUAUAUGGGUCAUUGAGUAGUCUGCAUAGUGGAUAUAUCAGUGACACUGAAGCAGUUAAAGGAGCAGAUGGCUGUUUGCCCUUUUAUGAUAAUCUUCAGCAAACCAAUUGUGUUGCUGAUGAAUAUGACAACAUUUUAGAAGUGAACUCCUAUCCGGCUAUCGAGGAUGUACACUCCUACUGCGGAAGUAUGCAAUUUGCCCCUAAAGACUCGAGCGCAUCAGAGUCAUCAGGAAGUCAGCAUGUCGAGGAUAUCAGUCACACUGGAGCAGUCAACAUGUUUUCUCCUUGCUUUUCUGAAACAACUCUUGGGAGCGAUAAUGAAUGGCUUUGGGAUCGGUUGUUUGAGCCUGGUUCUGCAUUUUUUUCCUACACAUGAAAAUAGUGAAAAAUAAGCAGAAACACGUAGGAACAGCCGAUGCAAUGCCUACCCUACAAUAAAUGGAAGGUCUAUGAUAUCGGACGAUAUGAUGUCCUUUGUGAGACAAGGAUGUUGGUGUAUAACCAUAAUAACCAUGAGGGUUUUCUUGUGAACCCACUUUCUUUUCUCAUGGAUGACAUGAUAUUGAGCGGCAUCAUGGUCAUUCCCUUUAAGACAGAGUGAUGCUUUCGAGUCUGAUGAGUUGUGUACUUGGUAGUGCUUGUUUUAUUUAGGGUUAAAAGAUGAACUAUUAAUGUAAUAUCAGUGUUAUGUGAGUCUGCUUUAUUUCCUAGUAUGUAUAAAGGAAAUUCCUCUCUUAUUGUAGUUUUUGUUGGCUUG